AUGGGUUUCCUGGUGGAUACACAAAAGGAAGGAGGUGGACAUUCAUGGGGCUGUCUCAGGAGUUUGGUCCGAAGGAAACAUGUCGACUCUGCUAAUGGACGUUCUCAACAUCAUCAGCUUGCUAAAGCCCUUACUGUUUCUCACUUGGUUGCUAUUGGUAAACUUCUUCUCUACUCUGGUUUUCUUAUGCCAACAGUCUUCUCUACUCUGUUAUCUGCAGUGGCAGCUGGUUCUGUGGCAUCCUUAGAGCUGUUGGUCAAGGCAGGUGCCAAAGCUAAUGUUUUUGCUGGUGUUGUAACUCUGUUGCACAUUGCUACUGAUAUUGGAGAUUUUGAGUUAAUCAACUGUUUACUUAAAGCUGGAGCUGAUCCUAAUCAAAAAGACGAGGUAAAACAUCUCUUUAGCGAUGAAACCUUUUCUUUUGUUCCUCUUGAUCCUAUAUGA